AUGGGUGCUACAGCAGAGCUGAUGGUAUCACUUAGGUGUAUCACAAUGUUCUUAUUAAAGCGAUAUCUUAAUUGGAAUUCUUCAUCCGUAAACACUUCGAAAGGAUUUCUCCUACGCCUUCAUUUUAUAGAAAUUGCUGACAUCGGGGAUACUAAUGAAAACACAACUUUGGAUAAAGAAGUAACUCUAGAUAAUACAGCACAAAACUCUGUAUCUCAAGAAAAGCAGCAGGAGCCAGCCGAGAAACAACCAAGGAUAUCAAGACCCGGUAAAAAAAACAACGAGCCAGAUAAAUUAGCAAACGAACUAUUAACUUCAAUUAGGGAUCAUUUUAAACGACCUGCAGCUUCACCGCCACCGCAAGAGGACCGGUAUGAUUUGCUAGGUAUAAUUUUGCCUAGAGCUUGCGGCGAUAUUAAGGCGAAUAUUUUAAGAUUCUUGGCGUCCUGUGGCAAGAAAUCUCAAUGUCACAGUAAGAUAAUAAGAGUUCUGAGUGACAACACGACGAUGGCACCUUCCAAGAAGAGUGAUGUAUGGAGGUUUUACGAUAAAAUAGAAGGAAAAAAUGACUGCAAAGUGUAG